GUCUUUAGUAUUUCCGUGGAAGUCGUGGAAGUGCAAUGAUUGUGGUUUUUGUGGUGAUUUUGCAAAUAAAGUGCAUUUUUGGCGGGAUUUUAUUUCUCCCUGGAAGUUUUCCAGGUUUUCCAAUCAUCCAACCUACAACAUCCCUGCCAGAGAUCAUAAUAAAUCGUGAUGAAUUUCGGGAUUUUUGGUUCCCUCCUGAAGAAUGGAAUCAGGCUGAAAAUCUUCCCGAAAUCAUUAUUAAUCGCGAUCAGGAAUUUCGGGGGAAUUUCCUACGAUCCUCCACAACUGGAAUGUCUGGAAUGCCUGGAAUAAUCCUCAAGGAGCUACACUGCCUUCCAGGGAGAUUUUUUCGCGCCAAAAUCAAUUUGAAAUCUUCAAUGCAAAUUCCAACGAUCGUCGGAGCUACAUCGAAUUGUGCGCUGAAGCAAAACGGGGAGAUCGUUAGAAUUGAAAUCCCAUCAGGAAGCUUCCAGGAAUGUGGUGUAUCCCUUUGCGGGGAUCGGGAUUUAUGUUUGAGAUUGCGAUUUCCCACUGUUGUGGGUCUGAAGACAGCCUCGGAUCAUUUAGUGACCCUAAAGUGUCACCCACAGCAACCCUUAGUUAUUCAGGAUCAUGUCCUGAGGGUCCUAGCCAUUGACAAUCCUUCUGAUGCAAGAAGAAUUUCAGCUGUGCUCGAAGGAGGUACCCAGCAACCCUUUCGAAGUCAAAUAGCACUCUUUAGACGACACAGCGAUGGAACAUUCACGGAACCCCUAGCCCAGGGAGCUGAAGUCUUCCUGGGAGAGGAUUUAAUGCUCCGAGCUCAGGUUAAGCCGCAAGAUGGAUGGAAUUUAACUGGAAUGUCAGACAUUUUUCUAGCAAGGACAUCAAAAUCUGGAGAAGUUCUGAACUCCGCCAUUUUGGUAACACGCGAGGGAUGCGUUAAUCCAACCAUGAGAGCCAUCUGUCCGGAAGAACCCUCUUUUGAUCCUCCUCUUGGUCAGAAGUUCCUCUUCAAAGCAGCCACCUUCCCAGAAAUGCUUCCUGAUGAGGAAAUUGUCCUCAAUGUGAGAGUUUUUGGGUGUCUUAAUCGUUUGGAUUGCGUUUCAAGAAGAUGUCAUUCCAGGACAGGUUCCAGGGCGAAAAGGAACCUCAAGAAUCUACAAUAUGAAAUAUCGAGAAUAUCCUUCAGGGUAGUUCUUCCUGAAGAACUAAAGAUCCAUGAGCAGACUGAUGGAAGCUUGGAUAGAAAGAAGCUUUUCAGGAAGUCUGGAGGACACCUUACCGCAAUAUUUAGCCUAGGAGUAGUUGCAAUCUUUUGUUUAGGAUGUACCAUUCUUCUUGGAGUUUUGUGGAGGAAAUUCAAUCAAAUAUAUUGACUUCUAAUUCAAAUAUUUUUUUGUUAAUUA